UUUAGCUGUGAGUCAGGCAGUUAUACAUUAUAUACUCGGGUAUAGUGGUAUGAAGAAGGUAAAAGAGACAAGCACAUAUUGAAGUAUUUUGGUUGAGAAUUGAAUCCCAGAGAAUUGACCAGGAAACAUAUAAUCAAAGAACCUAUGUGAAAAAAAAACCUGCAUGAUACUGUAGGGGUUUGAAGAUGAUAAUAAAACAUAGAAUUGGAAGCAUCACGUCCAUGUUGUAUGUUUUCAAAAACCAGACUUUACAGAUAUAUAAUAGAAUAUGUUAAAACGAAUGCGCCUUUGAUCAUAUCACAGUCAAGAUCAACAAAACCUUUCCUUCUAAUGAAAUAAUUCAAGCUUCAUCGAUACGUUGAUCAAGAGAAAAAGCAUGGCUGCCACACAGCAAGAUGACGAUCGAAAGCAACAGUUCGACUGGCUGUAUCCAGAAUUACUUUCUAAAGAUGGCUUGUUAGAUAUAUUGAAACAGAGAUAUGUCAGCCAUUCAAAUCUGGAGAGUCUGGAGAAAGACGACCUGGUGGAGCUGUACUAUAAGUAUGUCAUCCCCUUGCCACAGAGGAAGUACAAGAUGAAUCGUAGAGGGCGUGAGAUGACAAGAAAACAAAUCAUGCUUGCCAAGAAAAGAAAAAUAGUGGCGCCUGAUGAAACGGAACCUGCCAAAAAAAAACGGCAUGAAGACAACACCGUUAAUUCCCGGUUCAUCACAUCAUUUAAUGAUCCUUCAAAGGCGGAGAGCCGCCUCAAACCUCCUCCAUCAUGUAUUGACUUAACCAAGAAAACUAUCAAGCUGGGAUCCAGUUCAAAACCAUCAGCAACAGAAAAUAAUGAUUCUAAAAACGAUACAGAUUCGCCACCAACGAAAAAGAAAAUAAAGUUGAUAACAUUUUCAUCAUCAGAAAUUACUCCAACAGUAUGCAUCAAAGAAAAAUCUCCAGCCAUUUCUCCUCCUGUGACGUCACCAACAAAGGAUGUAUUAAUUAGCAGGAUUAAAACAAUCUCUCUCAUUAAUCAACAUCUUACAACUUCUGAGACUGGUGCUAAAGAGAAGCCAAAGACAUCAGCUGAUAACAAUUCUACCACUUGCGAAAGUCCAAACAAUUCCACAACUGAAGCAAAGGAAGAAAGUCCUGAAAAAGAAUCCAGUGAGACUUUUAAGUCUAAAAAGAAGAUUAAAAUAGCUCGGAUACCAUGGCCUUAGAUGUGUGGUGCUAAUUUCAGAAAAAUGAAAUUAUAUGUGAAAAAAUGAAAACAGUUGUGUAUUUGUAGUAGUAGAGCGAACAACCUUGCCUUUCUGAGCCCUGUGGACAGGAGAACAAGAUCUCUUGCCAAGUGGUAUUAUUUUAGCAAGACUGGUACAGUUCACCAUUAGGAAAAUCUUUCUAGGUUUACUUGAUGGCAUGCUGGUACCUACUUAUGUAGUUGGGUAAACUGGAGCAACCAGGAUAAAGUGUCUCGGGUUCCAGACGAGUAUUAGCAUGUACUGUGUGUACGUGUAUUGGGAGUCAAACUCCAGACAUUUUAGUCAGUAGAAAAUGCACAAUAUGUGGAAGAGAAUGUUACGUUGCCAAAAUUAACACAAGUCAUGCUAGAACUUGUCUAUUUUAAGUAUUUAAGUCAAUAUUUUCAAAAUAAAUUGAUGAAUUUUUAUCUCAAGGAACCUGAAAAA